AUGGACGCGAGUGGAACGAACAACAACUUUUACUUACGUUUCCUACAACCCCUAAAGCCUUUCGACGGUAUCGAGGACGAUAGGAAUCCUCGUAAGGCUGAAGAUUGGUUCACCGAAUUAAAGAGAUUAAAAGACAUUGGAAAUAUGCCUGAUAAAGUCAUUUUAGCUAUUGCAGCAUCCAAUAUGUUGAAAAACGCGCAGCUUUGGUGGAGAUCUAUAGAAAACACUACCAGUGAAUGGACGAGAUUUGAAGAGAAGUUUCACCAGAGAUUUGUUAGAAAUAAAAUCGCAGAAAGUUGGACAAAAAUAAAAGAAAUGAAACAACCAUUAGAGCAAUCAGUUGGUGAAUUUUUAGCUGAAUUGGAAGAGUUAUUUAGCAUCGUUGGUUUGACUGAUGAUUCCUCAAAGAUUGCAUUUCUGAUUGCUUCAGUUGCACCCAGUAUCGCCUACGAAUUAGAACAAAAAAGAGAUUCAUUUGAAAGCUAUGAAGAUGCCAUUAGUCAAGCCAUUGAAUUUGAAAAAUUGCAAAAGAAGUAUGCGCAAGUGUAUUCGAAGCAGCAGUGA